GCCAUGAAUUCUGUAGCUGGAAAUAAGGAGCGGAUCGCGGUCACGAGCAGAAGCCGAAAAUAUGGGGUGAAGGAAGCGGGGGUCCCGGCGGCGGCGGAGAGCUGGUUCCGCCGGGCCUACGAGGAGCCUCCCCGGGGCUCGUCGGGCGGCCCCCCCCCCGACGGGGCCGGCUCGGCCCUGGGCUCCUCCGGGACCCCCUCUCCCGGGACCCCGUCUCCCGGGACCCCGUCGCCCGGCUCCGGCACCUCGUCCCCGCCCUCGUUCCCCGGGUCCCCGGGCCCCGCGUCUCCGGGCAUCGGCACGAGCUCUCCGGGCUCGCUGGGCGGCUCCCCCGGCUUCGGCACCGGCUCCCCGGGCUCGGGCUCGGGCUCCGGCAGCGGCUCCGGCGCCGGCUCCUCCCCGGGCUCCGACCGCGGCCUCUGGUGCGACGACUGCAACGCCAGGCUCGUCGAGCUCAAGAGGCAGGCGCUCAAGCUGCUGCUCCCGGGGACCUUCUCCGCCAAGGACCCAGCCUUCCCUUCCGGGAUUCAUGACAAGCUCCAGGUCCCCAACACCACCCGGAAAGCAUGGAAUGAACGAGACAACAGGUGUGACAUAUGUGCCACCCACCUGAAUCAGCUGAAGCAGGAGGCAAUCCAGAUGGUGCUGACCUUGGAACAGGCCAACAACAGUGAGCAUUAUGAUGGCUUGCCUGGCUCGCCCCCACCGCUCUCCAACGUCCCCACCCUUGUGGGGUCCCGGGGGCAGAUGGGAGUUCCCCAGCAGCCCAGAGACUGGGCCUUCGUGCCUGCCCCCUAUGCCUCCUCCAAUUAUACGGGUGUCGUGGCCAACAAGCACAGUGGCAAACCCAAUAGCCUUGGGAUAGUCAAUGGGGCAGAGAAGAAGAUUGGAUCGCCCACUCACCAAGCCAAGGCCAGCCUCCAAGUGGCCACCAGCCCCAGCAAUGGCAACAUCCCCAACUCGGUCGCCAUCCAAGCCCAUCAGUAUGUGGACGGCACCUGGUCGCUGUCGAGAACAAAUGGAGUCACCCUGUACCCGUACCAAAUCUCCCAGCUGAUGAGCGAGACCGGCCGAGAGGGACUCUCUGAAGCAGCACUGAACCGCUACAAUGCAGACAAACCCUCCUUAUAUAGCUUCCCCGGCUCCCCGAGUGCCUGCGUUACCAGCGAAGUGUCCACUGGCACCUCAGUGGCUGCCUCUUUCUUCGCCAGAGCUGCUCAAAAAUUGAACUUGUCUUCCAAAAAGAAGAAGCAUCGACCUUCUGCGUCUUCAGUGACAGAGUCUCCACUCUUUGCUACCAAUUUCAGCGGGAUUCUGCAACUAUCCCCACCCCCUGCACCACCGUGUCUGCUGAGGGCAGUCAACAAAGUGAAAGACACCCCAGGCCUGGGAAAGGUGAAAGUCAUGGUACGCAUGUGUUCUACACUCGCCAGGGACACAUCUGAGUCCAGCUCCUUUUUAAAGGUGGAUCCGCGGAAGAAGCAGAUCACCCUGUACGACCCUUUGACUUGUGGGGGUCAGAACACCUCCCAGAAAAGAGGCAACCAGGUUCCCCCCAAGAUGUUUGCCUUUGAUGCUGUUUUCCCCCAAGAUGCAUCUCAGGCCGAAGUGUGCGCAGGGACGGUGGCGGAGGUGAUCCAGUCCGUCGUGAAUGGGGCUGACGGUUGCGUGUUCUGUUUUGGCCACGCCAAGCUGGGGAAAUCCUACACCAUGAUCGGGGAGGACGAUUCCAUGCAGAACCUGGGCAUCAUCCCUUGUGCCAUCUCCUGGCUCUUUAAGCUAAUCAACGAACGCAAAGAGAAGACGGGGGCCCGAUUCUCGGUCCGGAUAUCGGCUGUCGAAGUGUGGGGGAAAGAAGAAAACCUGAGGGACUUGCUUUCCGAGGUGGCCACGGGCAGCCUGCAGGACGGUCAGUCUCCCGGCGUCUACCUCUGCGAGGACCCCAUCUGUGGCAUGCAGCUCCAGAACCAGAGUGAGCUGCGAGCUCCCACUGCGGAAAAAGCUGCCUUCUUCCUCGAUGCGGCCAUUGCCUCCCGCCGCAGCAACCAGAGGGACUGCGAUGAAGAGGACCACAGAAACUCCCACAUGCUCUUCACACUGCACAUCUACCAGUACCGCAUGGAAAAGAGUGGAAAAGGUGGAAUGUCUGGAGGUCGCAGUCGCUUACAUCUCAUUGACUUGGGCAGCUGUGUGAAAGCACUUGGCAAAAAUCGUGAAGGAGGAUCUGGCCUCUGCCUCUCGCUGUCAGCUCUAGGUAACGUCAUCCUGGCCCUCGUCAAUGGCAGUAAACAUAUCCCGUACAAAGACAGCAAGCUGACAAUGUUGCUGCGGGAAUCCCUGGGGAACCUGAACUGCCGCACUACCAUGAUCGCCCAUAUCUCGGCAGCCGCCGGGAACUAUGCAGAAACCCUGUCAACCGUCCAGAUCGCAUCCAGGGUCCUGAGGAUGAAGAAAAAGAAAACCAAGUAUACGUCGAGUUCGUCCGGUGGCGAGAGCUCGUGCGAAGAGGGCAGGAUGCGCAGGCCGACCCAGCUGAGACCCUUCCAUCCGCGCAGCGCCGGGGACCCCGAUUUCCCGCUGCUUCACCUGUCCAGCGACCCGGACUACUCCUCCAGCAGCGAGCAGUCCUGCGACACCGUCAUCUACGUCGGUCCCAACGGCACGGCCUUGUCUGACAAGGAGCUGACGGACAACGAGGGGCCCCCGGACUUCGUGCCCAUCGUCCCCGCCCUGCAGAAGGCCAAGACCGAAGGGAGGCCCGAGGAAGCGGCGGAGAGUGCCUCGAGGAAAUCCGAGCGGGACUGUCUGAAGUGCAACACGUUCGCCGAGCUCCAGGAGAGACUGGACUGCAUCGAUGGCAGCGAAGAGACCACCAAGUUUCCAUUCGAGGAGCUCCCAGUCCAGUCGGGGGCUGAUCGGGCGACCCGGGGUCCCGGGCCCAGCCGUGGAGCGGAGGUCCACCCGCCCUCCGAGCCUGAGAAGGAGGAGCAGGGGCCUGACUGGCAGCUGGCGGAGAGGGAAGGGCAGGAGGGCGGCCAGUCCGCUGCUGCCCCCAGACUGCAGAGAAAUCAGUCCCCGGCCCCCGCGCCCCCCUCACCCCGCAGUGUUCCCGGCAGCUCGGGAGGACAGCACAGCUCUCCCCAGCUCGUUCACAGCCCCAGCCUACGGAGCAGCAGGGAAAGCCUCAACUCCUGUUCCUUAGCUGAAGGAAAACCCAGGCCAAUGGGCUCCCCCCGCCUGGGGGUCGCGAGCCUCUCCAAGACUUCCGACUACAAGCCGCCCCCCAGUUCUCCCUCCCAGAGGUGCAAGGUGUACACCCAGAAAGGCGUGCUGCCCAGCCCCGUGCCCCCGAGCAAGGAUUCGGGCACGGCCCCGAGCGAGUCCCUUCUCCAGCCUGAGGUCCGGACGCCCCCCAUAGGGAUGAGUCCACAGAUGGCCAAGAGGUCGGUGUCGGGGGCACCCCUCUCCGGAGAGCACUCCCCCACCCUGUCGCCCAAGAAAGAGAGCUGGAACAACCCCACCGCUGCCACUGCCACCACCACAGUUACGGUCCAGCAGCCCCUGGAGCUCAAUGGUGAGGACGAGCUAGUGUUCACGCUGGUCGAGGAGCUGACCGUCGGCGAGGGUCCCGAGAACGGGCGUCCUCCUAGCAUCAUCAGCUUCAACAGUGACUGUUCGGUUCAGGCCCUGGCCUCGGGUUCCCGGCCGGUCAGCAUCAUCAGCAGCAUCAGCGAGGACACGGAGGCCUACCCCGGGGCUGCCCCUGAAGUAGGCCCCUCACCAUCAUCGCCUCUCCCCUCGCCUACCCUUGAGAACGGGGCCCGGGAUUCCCGGGAUGCCCCCAGCAGCCGGCGCUCCUCCAUCAGUUCCUGGCUGAGCGGGAUGAGCGCCGGAAGUGAUGGCGACCAGUCAGGCCACAACUUCGGCGACCAGUCCGGCUACGGGCCCAGGGAGGCACUGGCCGAACCGCCCACCUCAGAGCUGGCAGGCGGCAAGCAGGGUGCUGGCUUGGGGCGUGGCCCACCCCAGGUACAGGGGGAGGCCAGCCCCAGAGACCUGCCUAUUGGGCCCGGGUCAGAGGAUGAGGAGGAGGAAGCGCCCAGCAGGGCACUGGCUAUGACGGGCCACAAACGGCCCGCUCUAGGGAAAGCGGAGGUCACCGGCGGUCUGGGCGGCUGUGACGGCCAUGUCCCCACGAAGACCGGUGUCUUGGGGGGCCCUUUCAACAUCCAAGCCCCCGAGGACUCUGACCCACUGGUCGUUCCCGCCGUCCGGGCAGGCGGCCCUCCAGAGGACAUGGGCGCCAGCCCAAGGCAAGAGCUCGCGUUCGAAGACCCAUGGCUGAAGCGGGAAGAGGAGGUGAAAAGGGAAGAUUGGGCCUGUCCCAGCGCCCCAAAGCUGGAGCCUGGCCUGGACCAGGAGCAGAGCCAGAAGCCCAAGUCGACCGACAGGUUCAGCAGUGGUAGCAGCGGGGAGACGUUCAACUCCCCCGUGUCAGACCACCUGAAGAGGAUUGUGGACGGCUGCGAGGUAGCCUUGCCCCGCUCGGCCAGCCAGAGCCCCGUGCGCGGCCCCGGCGGGCCCAAGGCCAGCAGCCUGCCCAGGGCCUUCCUGAGGGCUGGCAGGCAGGAUGACCCAGACAUCAUCUUCUACCACUGUGCUGCCGAGAGCAAUGGGCUCGUUGCGGCCCAGGCUUCCAGGGCCCUUGUGGACAGGAGGGUGGCUUCCCCCAAGCACUGUGUUCUUGCUCGCCCCAAAGGGAUCCCCCCGCUGCCCCCUGUCAGGAAGUCCAGCCUGGAUCAGAAAAACCGGGCCAGCCCCCAACAUAGCGUGGGCAGCGGCAGCCCCCCGACCCAGCCAGCCGGCUUCCCCCCCAUAUUCCCCGACGAACCCAGCGGCAAGGCUAAGGAGCCCGCCGGUGGCAUCGGCGGCAGCAGUAGGCUGUUCAGCGCCAAGCUCGAGCAGCUUGCCAGCCGGACCAACUCCCUGGGGCGGGCGACGGUGAGCCACUACCAGUGCCUGUCACUGGAACGCGCCGAGAGCCUGGCGUCGGUCGGCUCCCGCCUGCCCGCCGGCAAAGACAGCACCAUGCCCAGGGCUAGCCGCAGCCUGAGUCGCUCGGCAGUGUCCUCCCCACCACCCAGUGUGGCCCUGGCCCAGCUCCCGGGGGCCUCCCCUAAGGCCUCCCCGUCCAAGAUUUCCGCUGUGAGCAAGCUCCUCCUGGCCAGCCCCAAAGCCCGCAGCCUGUCCACUGCCGCCACCAAGAGCCUGAGCUUUUCCACCAAGUCGCUGCCCCAGACGGUGGGGCAGAGCGCGGCGGGCCCGCCCCCGAGCACCAAGCACAUGUCCUGGUCAACUCAGUCCCUCAGCCGUAGCCGCGGCUCAGGUCUCGCCUCCAAGCUGCCCCUGAGGGCCGUCAACGGCCGCAUCUCAGAACUGCUGCAGGGAGGCCCUGGUCCGCGCGGGCCAGCCGAGACCGAGGAGCGGGGGGGCCCGCCUGGGGAAGAGAAGCUGGCCGCCCCUGCCCUGCCUUCCCCUUACAGCAAGGUCACCCCACCACGGAAGCCUCAUCGCUGCAGCAGCGGCCACGGCAGUGACAACAGCAGCGUGCUGAGCGGGGAGCUCCCGCCAGCCAUGGGAAAGACGGCCCUGUUCUACCACAGCGGCGGGAGCAGCGGUUAUGAGAGCAUGAUGCGGGACAGCGAGGCCACUGGGAGCACAUCCUCUGCUCAGGAUUCCAUGAGCGAGAACAGCAGCUCGGCCAGCGGCCGGUGCCGGAGCCUCAAGACGCCCAAGAAGCGGGCCAAUCCAGGUUCUCAGAGGCGGAGGCUGAUCCCUGCCCUUUCCCUGGAUGCCACCUCUCCGGUGCGGAAGCCCGCCAGCGGUCCUGGCCUCCGCUGGGUUGACGGUCCCAUGCGCAGCGCACCACGGGGCCUUGGGGAACCCUUCGAGAUCAAGGUCUAUGAGAUUGAUGACGUGGAGAGGCUCCAGAGGCGGCGCGGUGGGGAUGGCAAGGAGCUGGUCUGCUUCAACGCCAAGCUGAAGACCCUGGAGCACCGCCAGCAGCGGAUCGCCGAGGUCCGGGCCAAGUACGAGUGGCUAAUGAAGGAGCUGGAAAUGACCAAACAGUAUCUGAUGCUGGAUCCCAACAAGUGGCUCAGUGAAUUUGACCUGGAGCAGGCAUUCGAGCUGGAUUCUCUGGAGUAUCUGGAGGCCCUGGAGUGCGUCACAGAGCGCCUGGAGAGCCGAGUGAACUUCUGCAAGGCCCACCUCAUGAUGAUCACCUGCUUCGACAUCACCUCCAGACGUCGGUAAAGAGACAGUGAGUGCGGGAUGCGUCCCCUUUCCUCCCCCUACCCCCAAACCAUCCCUCCCCCGGUUCCGCUCCCCUCCACCAGGACUUGAGACGGUCCGAUGCCCCCGCCUCCAUUGCACAAGCACCCAAAGACUACAGAAUGAGGAGGAAGGUCGAUGACAAGUCCAGCCGAAGCGUGUGUGGAAGGGUAUUUUGUUUUUGUGUCUCGAGGCUCCCCAACACCAAGUGCCACAGGAGACAAGAGGAGGCUGCGGCCCCAGGGCCGCCACCUCCCCCACGAGACUGACAGAGCACUUUGAGAAACCUUAAAGGACAUGUUUGUACAUAGGAACUGCCCAUGGGAGAACCCAGAGCUUCCCCUGCCGUGGCUGAGGAAGGGCCGCCAGGAGCCCAAGCUUGCUGACUGAAAGCUUAGAGAGAAAACAUUACCCAGAACGACUGUUCAAGUGCCUUGCAAAUCUUUAUUAUCCAAACAUUUAUGUUCAUACUUUUUCGUGUACAGAUGGUGCUAGUCAAAAAAGAACAAAACAAACAAAAAAGAGAAUCAAGACCCAUUUUUGAAAUCUAUUUACAGCUCAUUUUCUCUGUGUUUUAUCCUAUUUCUGACUUGCUGUUUCUAAGUAACUUGUGUUUGUAGAGAUAUUUCCUAAUCAGUACAGCUUAUGAAUGAGUAAGUGUUAACUGUCUUUUAUGGUUCCCAGAGUAAGGCCACUCCCACAGAAAUGUGGACUCCCUAAAGCUGAGAAGGCCAAAUAGAGAGGGCCUUUUGGGGGUUUUGAGCCUGAAAGAGGAGAUGGGGAAUCCCUACCCAGAUAGGCCGGCUGUCAUGGGUGAGGCAGCCCUGGGGUAGAUAGAAGGUAAUCAGAUCGGACACAGCGCCUGUCUCUCUGUCUUGUCCCCAUUUUACAGAUGAGGAAACUGAUGGGAGCCCAGAGAGGUUCAGUGAUCAAGGUUGGAUCAGUUCCCUGAGAAAUGACCCACUGAGCUGAAUCUCCUCCUCCUGCAUUCCAUCCCGGUCAUCUUUCGCUCUAGGAGCCCACUUAGAAAUUGAGGGCCCUCACGUAAAGGUGCGUUGACUAUUUUGAGACAUUUCCCAGAUGUGACCUGGAAGGCUGAGGACUCCCACCAGGUUGCAAUUUGAAAAUUCAACUUUAGCCCAGAAAAGGAGCAGCUCUUUCUGAAAUCCCAAACUGGGGGCUGCAGCCUAGGAGAAGGAGCCUCAGGGACCUAUGCCCUCAGCCUCAUGGUUGAUGCAGCUGGGGACCCCCAAAGGGAGACUGAAGCCCACAGCACUAGCCGUGUUGCUUCCGUGUCCAGGGCUCACACUAUGGGCUUCCAUUUGUGCAUCGGCUCUGGGAAGCUGGUUUUAGCAGCCCCAUUUUACAGAUUGGCCCAACGAUACCCAAUACCAUGAGCAGCUGUGUGGCUUAGGGAAGAGAGCGUGGUCCUGGGAGUCAGGGGACCUGGGUUUCAAUCCCAGCCUGCAGGGUGACCUUGGGCAGGUCAUGUAACUUCUCUAGGCUACAGUUUCCUCAUCUGUAAAAUGGGGAUUCAACAUGCUCCCACUUUGACUGCGAGCCCUGUGAAGGACAGGCACUGUGUCUGAUCUGUUUACUUUGUAGCCAAUCCAGUGCUUACUAAAUAGCAAAAUUAAUAACACCAAGGGGCCUAGGAACCGAUCUAGGCCCUGGUCCUGAGCUCUUCCUACCAGGCUCUGUUGCUUUCCAAGGAAUAAGCCGAUCAUUUUCCUUUCCAAACCAAGUGCAGAACUCCCUCUCCCAUUUCUCUCCCUUCAGACCCAAGUGGUCCUGAAGACCUCUGUUCAUUGGGCCCGGGCCACUGUAAAUCUGCCCCUUUUGGAACAUGCAGAUGGGUUACCGCUUCAGCCCAUUCUGAGAGCUCCUUCCUCCACUUCACUUUUGUGUUUGGGAAUGGAGAUCAGAAUUUCAUCUCACCUCCAAA